UUUGUUAUCAAUGUUCGUAACUACUGAGCGAUACAUUUCAGUAUUAUUCUUCUAGUAAAAUAUUUUUCCAGCAUUGAUUGUGUUGAACAUUAGUUGUUGAUUGUUUCUUCUUUAAAAGUCGACUAAUCAAAAUUUGUUCAUCAUGUCGUAUAUGUUAGCGCAUUUGUUUAACGGCUGGCAAGUCGAUCAAGCAAUUUUAUCGGAAGAAGACAGAGUUGUAGUUAUUCGUUUUGGUCACGAUUGGGAUCCGACAUGCAUGAAAAUGGAUGAAGUUCUAUACAAUAUUGCUGAAAAAGUGAAGAAUUUCGCUGUUAUAUAUUUAGUAGACAUCACUAAAGUACCUGAUUUUAAUAAAAUGUAUGAAUUAUAUGAUCCAUGUACAGUUAUGUUUUUCUUUCGCAACAAACACAUUAUGAUUGAUUUGGGCACAGGAAACAACAACAAAAUUAAUUGGGCGCUUGAAGACAAACAAGAAAUGAUUGAUAUUGUUGAAACUGUUUACAGAGGUGCGAGAAAAGGACGUGGUUUAGUCGUUUCUCCUAAAGAUUACUCUACCAAAUACCGUUAUUAACUACAGUUAUGUGUCUUAUUGUACUCUAUACAGGUUAGGUUAUCUAAAAUAUUGUGUAUAUAUGUGAUUAUUUUUUAAUUUUAAUUUUAUUUUGAUGUAUUU